AUGUGGGCGGGACAGAGCUGCUCAGUCCUCCCGUCCAUCUCUCUGCUGCAGAAGUCCUCGUCGUCCCCCGUCACCUGCCAAGCCACUGGUUUCUUCCCCGGCCAAGCCUCUAUCUUCUGGACUAAAGAUGGAGACAUUUACUACGAGGGCGUGGACUUUGGGGAGACCCUGCCCAACAACGACGAGACCUUCCAGACCAGUGCGGAGCUGGACGUGUCCUCUGUCCCAUCGGAAGACUGGGGCCGCUACAACUGUGUGUUCAGGCUCUCUGGGUACAAAGACGAGAUCAUCACACCACUGGACAAAGCCGCGAUCAGGACCAACGCCAAGCGCCCUCCAACCCCUGUGAGCGAUAGAGAAGUCGAAGAGGAGCUGAAUCCAAAGUCUUAA